AUGACUUCAGAACAACGUAGACAUGGUGAUAAAAAUCGAAAACAGAAUCCAAGAAAUAAUGUCACUACUGCUCUACCAAGAGAACCUUCUGAUCUAUCAACAUAUGAUAAACUUAUGAUGUAUUUUACAAAAACUAAUCCAGAAUAUUCAGUAUCGGAUUUUACUGAAGCUUUAUAUGCUUAUCGGCAAAAACGACAAACGCUAGCUGGACUUUCUUUAUCACAAAUUGAAGAAGGUGUUUUAAAUAUUGUUCGAAGCAAAUAUCCGUCAAAACGGAACGAUAUUGAUACUACCCAAACUGAAAAUUCAAAUGAAGAUGAAAUUGAACAAUCUAUUGCUGCUACACUUUGGAGUACAUUUAGACGUUAUCGAGAACGUGAACAAUUAUCAAAAAAGGGAGAAAAUAAAGCUAAUAAUAGUAAUAAUGAAACAGCAAUAACAGAAGAUCAAUGCCUUAUUUGUCUUGAAAGUUUAAAUUCAAAUAAAACAGAAACAUUCCCAUGUAAUCAUACAUUUCAUCGAAUGUGUCUUGAAGAAUGGUUUAAAAUCGAACGAACAUGCCCUCUAUGUCGACAAGAAGAAGGUAAUGUUAAUCGUCAGAGACGACAAGGAAUAGAUGGAAAUAAUCUUAAUACAGGUAUUUUAUCAAGAAAUUCGGAUAGAUUAAUAUCUUCGAAUAAUGUUCAAUUCAUUCCAUCAAAUAAUCCAUAUAUAGGUGCAUCAAACGAUCGAAAUAAUCAACAACAAUCAAAUAAUAAUUUAUUAGCAUCAUCUCAAGGACAAGCACCAAUAGUUCGUAGUCGUGGUUUUUAUGACAGUCCAGCAUUUAAACCACCAUCAUUUUCUGGUGAAAAACCAGUCGGUUGGUUCGAUACAAAAUAUCCAAAUUGGGUAUCGAAUCAGAAUGGACAAUCAGGUCAGAAUAAUAUGGUUAAUGGAAAAAAUGGCGCACCAAGCAGUCUUCAAGGUAAAGUUAAUCAGCCAAAUAGAGAUGAUGGUGGACCAGCACUUCUUCAAAAAGUAGCUAAACAUUAUGCCAGUAAAGGUGAAAAAACAUACCAUUUUGGUCAACAUCAUGACCGUGGCUCUAUUUGUUAUAAUCAUCAAAAUUAUAAUGGAUAUACGUUCGGUAAAUUCCAAUGUCCAUUACCAGCCAAUACUGGUAUGAAUCAACUUGAUCAAUAUUGUUGUGGACCUGCAAAUUCUCAAUAUUGUUGCAAUUCACAAGAAUACAACCAAGAUCAAAAUGGCAGAUUUGAUAAUGAUCGUCAUUCGAAACAUUACCAUUAUUCAAGAAAAAUAAAUCGAACUCUUGCUAUUAUAUUACCUUUUGUUGGCAUACUUGUUAUAGCAGGCGCUGGUGUUAUUAUCUUUUUCUAUUAUAAAAAGGUUCAAAAGGAACAUAAUAAACAUAGUAAAUCAUCUGGAGUUACUCGAUUAAAUGAUAAUUAUUCAGCCGUUCCUCAAGAUGCACCCGUUGAAAGACCAAUCAUCACUCAACAUGAACAGCAAAAUACAUCUGUUCAAGCUUAA